AUGGAAACUUUAAUCCUUUCAGAUGAACCGAACGGACCGCGAGCGUCUCCUCACGCCGGGGUGAUCCUGGGCCGCCGCCGCCGCCAGAGUCACGAAGCCAGACGCAGUGCGCGUCUCCGCCCAGGACUCCGGAGACUGCAGCAGCGCGAGCGGCCGCCGCGGCCUGGGCUGCUCCUGGAGUCGGGGAGGAGACGCGACUCCCGCAGACACGUGACCUCCUCCCAGCCGCCGCUUCCCGCGACCCAGAUCCGUCCCCGGAACCCGUGCCCGGCGGGGCGGGCUGGGGGACACGUAGCUGGCGCCCCAGUCCCUGCUGCGCCCUGGUGCGUGUACCUUCGGCGUUCUCCCCUCGGUUCACUUAUCACUGCCAAUAAUCAGUGUUUCGGAGAUCACCCGGGGAAGAAUGAGCACACGCGGCUCCAAACGUCGUCAUCUGCUGCUGUGAUUAGUGGCACCGCAAUUCCGGCUGCUGCGGGGAAGUUUAGGUGGCCCAGGAACGCCGUGUCACCGAAAGACACUUGGAUUGCGACAUUCGGACCCGGUGACAACGUUUUCAAGUGUCUUAAAUCCUUCAAGGAGCGGAUUGCAAGUUGCUUCUUCUCGAGGCAACCUCUCCGCCCCACUGAUCACACAGUCGGUGGAAAAGCAAAAAGCCACGUUCACAUUCCUGCACCGUAAUAACGGACGAACCCAGGGAGUCGCAUUUCCGAGCCAAGGAAGCUCAGGC